UUGACGUUUCUCUUUCGUCCGUCACAUGUGUUUUGCAUCUGCGCAAGGUUCUGGAAAAUUUUGCCGGGUCGUCUAUUUUCUCCUUCAUUCUUUCCCAGUUGUCCGCCGCGUUCUGAGGUCCCGUUUCUCGUGACUCCGGUGCAGUGAAAGUGAAGUAAUUCGAUCCGAUAAAUUAUCCAGUGAAAAGUGCAAACCCUGAUUGAACGAUGUCGGCCAAUUCAGUGCUGUUGGAUUUCUCGCUAGACCCGACUCGCAUCAACGACGAGGUUUCGCGCAAAGACAUCGUAAAGUUAUGCAAGGAGCACCUGGAGAAGUACAUUUCCGGCCUGAAAAUCACCUACGACAUGCUGACCGAGGACGGGUACCUUUGUAUGCUGAAUGCCCCCGGGGCGGUUAUCACGACGAUUCGGUUCUUCAGCCAGGGUCUCAUCACGAUUAACAUCGAGUACUAUCGGGGCGAGUGCGAGGCGCCAAAAAUUUCCUUCGAACAAAUAAAAUCGCUAGAGAAUAAUUUACGCCUAAAGCUAGAGGCAAAGCGCUCCAAGCAUCUCCCACCGAUAAAAAGAGGCAGUAAUAUUGACGUAUACUUAACGAGCUCAGAUGAACGUGUAAUUGAAUACGACAUCGACAAGGUGCUUUACGAUAAGCGUUCUGAUUUCCAGAAAAUCCAGAUCGUCCAUUCCAAGAGCUUGGGUAACAUGCUCGUUCUGGAUGAGUUGCAAAAUAUUGCCGAGGCCGAUCUUAUUUACACGGAAACGUUGAUGCGCCGCGGUGUAGAAAACUACAAGGACAAAGAAAUCUGCAUUCUUGGUGGCGGCGACGGUGCUUUACUAUACGAACUCCUCAAAGAGGAACCAAAGCAUGUAGUCAUGCUGGAAAUUGAUGAUCUCGUCAUGGCAGCCUGCAACAAGUACAUGAAUUCCAUCUGUGGCGACGUACUGGAGAAGCGCAAAAGUGACAAUUACGAGAUUGUCGUGGGAGACUGUAUGAUGUAUUUGAACAAGUUCAUCAAGGAGGGACGUAAAUUCGAUUACGUGUUCGGUGAUUUGACCGAUAUCCCAAUUUCGGAUACCCCCACCGGUGAAAUUUGGGACUUUAUUCGCGUUAUUUUGGAAUCUUCGUUCAAGGUGCUCAAACCGAGCGGCAAAUUUAUGACCCAUGGCAACGGAGUCAGCUGUCCGGAAUCUCUCCAAAUGUACGAAGAACAGCUAGACAAGCUUUCGCCAAAGGUAAACUACACAAAGUGCAGCGCAUUCGUGCCAUCCUUCAUGGAAGAGUGGGUCUUCUACCAAGUGCAGUAUGCGCCGGAUGCCGCUACCAGCGUUUGACUUCCAUACUGGCCCCAUAAGCAGAUUGAUGGAUUCGAAACUCCAACCCUCAAACCCCGAGAAGCACCUGGACUAGCCCGUUUUUAUUGUCAGCAAUGCAGUAGAUCUGCCUCAGUAGCCAACGCAGAACCGAUCCUUUCAGUCUCGAUGUCAGUGUACUCAAAAUAUAAUAGCCUUUCAACUCGUAAUAACAGCAUUAUGAAACUGCUCAUGACGAUACACAGUAGCAGGUACUUAUUAUAGUAGUAGCACUUUAAUAUCUACUUGUCGGCACAGUAUAAGUUAAUUUUAGACACAGCGACAAAGUUUAACUUUCGAUCGUCUUUUUUUUUUGUUCGAUCAAGGAACGAAACCUUUUGAAAGUGGCCAUACUAUGACUUAAAUCAUUUCAGCCAUCCAGCAGUGAACACCUCCUAAACUAUCGUUAUAUGUUUUGUUUCUGUUUAAGUGUUUUAUAGGUUUAGUUGGCAUUUAACAUACUUCAAGCACAAAGUUAUUCGUUGUACUUAGCGCAGCUGGUUGUGUCUUCAGUUAGUUCCUGUAGUUGUUAUGUUCCUAUUUGAUUUAUUUUAAUUUCCAAGUCAAGUUAUCGUGAGACAAACUAUGUGAAAGAAUAGUUGAAUCUAUAAAUUAGCAAAUUUUAUGUCUGGAAGUGUGAGAUCAAAAUGGAGUGAUGAAAAAAUAUUACCAUUAUUAUGAUAAAUGUAAGUAUACCUGAAUCUGAUGCUGUUACAAUUCUUUCCAUGAUGUUGUAGAGCAGAUAAUUCUCUAUGAAAUACAGAUCUUGAAUCCAUCCUGA